GUUCUUCAUUUUGUGAAAGAGGAUAUAUAAAGAGGUGUAUGAGUUUCUCAUCCCCUCAUUCCUUCACUUUCUUGGGGGCACAGGGUUCUCACUCAGUGACCCUUUAAUCUUUUUCAUCCCUUUCUGGUUUUUUUUUCUCAACCUGUUUCUGGUUUGCAGAGCCUCUUCUUGCAACCUUCAACCUUUUCUUUUUCUUCUUCUUCUCUCGGCUCGUCAUGGCUGGGGACAAAGGAAGCAUAACUCUGGAAGAGAUCAGGAACGAAACUGUUGAUCUGGAACGUAUUCCGAUUGAGGAAGUGUUUGAGCAAUUGAAAUGUACCAGGGAAGGUUUGUCCUCCACGGAAGGAGAGAACAGGCUUCAAAUAUUUGGACCCAACAAACUAGAAGAAAAGAAGGAAAGCAAGUUUCUGAAAUUUCUUGGGUUCAUGUGGAAUCCACUUUCAUGGGUCAUGGAGGCUGCAGCUAUUAUGGCAAUUGCUCUUGCAAAUGGUGAAGGGAAGCCUCCAGAUUGGCAAGAUUUUGUGGGUAUUGUGUGUUUGUUGCUGAUCAACUCCACUAUCAGUUUCAUAGAAGAAAACAAUGCUGGAAAUGCUGCUGCUGCUCUUAUGGCUGGUCUUGCUCCUAAAACAAAGGUUCUUAGAGAUGGUAAAUGGAGUGAGCAAGAAGCUGCAAUUCUAGUCCCGGGAGACAUAAUCAGCAUCAAGCUUGGUGACAUUAUUCCUGCUGAUGCUCGUCUUCUUGAGGGUGAUCCUCUUAUGGUUGAUCAAGCAGCACUGACUGGGGAAUCACUUCCAGUUACCAAGCAUCCAGGGCAAGAAGUGUUCUCUGGAUCAACUUGUAAACAAGGAGAAAUUGAAGCCGUUGUGAUUGCAACUGGUGUGCACACAUUCUUUGGAAAGGCAGCACAUUUAGUGGAUAGCACCAACCAAGUUGGACAUUUCCAGAAGGUUCUUACAGCAAUUGGGAACUUCUGCAUCUGUUCCAUUGCUGUUGGUAUGCUGGCUGAGAUCAUUGUGAUGUACCCAAUUCAGCACCGCAAGUACAGGGAUGGAAUUGACAACCUUUUGGUGCUCUUGAUUGGAGGAAUCCCCAUUGCUAUGCCUACUGUGUUGUCUGUGACAAUGGCCAUUGGUUCUCACAAGCUCUCUCAGCAAGGUGCCAUCACCAAGAGAAUGACUGCCAUUGAAGAAAUGGCAGGCAUGGAUGUCCUUUGCAGUGACAAGACAGGAACACUCACCCUCAACAAACUCACUGUUGACAAGAACUUAGUUGAGGUCUUUGCCAAGGGUGUCGACAAGGAUCAUGUCAUCCUUCUUGCUGCCAGGGCAGCCAGGACAGAAAACCAGGAUGCCAUAGAUGCUGCCAUUGUUGGAAUGCUGGCUGAUCCUAAAGAGGCAAGGGCUGGGAUAAGAGAGGUGCACUUUCUACCAUUCAAUCCUGUUGACAAGAGAACUGCUUUGACUUACAUUGAUUCUGAUGGAAAUUGGCACAGAUCAAGCAAAGGUGCACCUGAGCAGAUUAUGUCCCUGUGUAACCUCAGGGAUGAUGCUAAGAAGAAGGUGCAUGCUAUCAUUGACAAGUUUGCAGAAAGAGGGCUUCGUUCACUUGCUGUUGCUAGACAGGAAGUUCCUGAGAAAUCAAAAGAAAGUGCUGGUGCUCCAUGGCAGUUUGUUGGUUUGUUGUCACUGUUUGAUCCCCCAAGACAUGACAGUGCCGAAACCAUUCGCCGAGCUCUCAACCUUGGUGUCAAUGUUAAGAUGAUUACUGGUGAUCAACUUGCCAUAGCUAAGGAAACAGGAAGGAGACUUGGAAUGGGAACAAACAUGUAUCCAUCUGCUUCAUUGCUUGGUCAAGACAAAGAUGCAAGUAUUGCCGCACUCCCUGUAGAAGAGCUGAUUGAGAAGGCAGAUGGAUUUGCUGGUGUUUUUCCAGAGCACAAAUAUGAAAUCGUGAAGAAGUUGCAAGAGAGGAAGCACAUCUGUGGAAUGACUGGAGAUGGUGUCAAUGACGCUCCUGCAUUGAAGAAGGCUGAUAUUGGAAUUGCUGUUGCCGAUGCUACUGAUGCUGCAAGAAGUGCUUCUGACAUUGUCUUGACUGAACCCGGAUUGAGUGUUAUUAUAAGCGCAGUCUUAACUAGCAGAGCUAUUUUCCAAAGAAUGAAGAACUAUACGAUAUAUGCAGUAUCUAUCACAAUCCGUAUAGUGUUUGGCUUCAUGUUCAUUGCACUGAUCUGGAAAUUCGACUUCUCCCCUUUUAUGGUUUUGAUUAUUGCCAUCCUGAAUGAUGGAACAAUCAUGACAAUUUCAAAGGACAGGGUUAAGCCAUCUCCCCUACCUGAUAGCUGGAAACUGAAAGAAAUAUUUGCUACUGGGGUUGUGCUUGGAGGUUACUUGGCACUGAUGACUGUUAUAUUCUUCUGGGCAAUGAGAGAGACUACUUUCUUCCCUGAUAAAUUUGGAGUUAGAGAUAUUCAUGACAGUCCAGAUGAAAUGACCGCUGCUUUGUAUCUACAAGUCAGUAUAGUUAGCCAGGCUUUGAUAUUUGUAACCCGUUCACGCAGCUGGUCCUUUGUUGAACGCCCUGGAUUGUUGCUAGUGAGUGCUUUCGUUAUUGCUCAGCUGAUUGCUACAUUAUUAGCAGUUUAUGCAAACUGGGGCUUUGCAAGGAUCAAAGGAAUUGGGUGGGGUUGGGCAGGAGUUAUAUGGCUCUACAGCAUUGUCUUCUAUGUCCCCCUUGACUUCAUGAAGUUCGCCAUCCGCUACAUCUUGAGUGGCAAAGCUUGGUUGAAUCUCCUAGAGAACAAGACUGCAUUCACCACCAAGAAAGACUAUGGUAAAGAGGAGAGGGAAGCUCAAUGGGCUCUUGCUCAGAGGACCCUUCAUGGACUGCAACCACCAGAAGCUUCUAACAUCUUCAAUGAGAAGAGCAGUUACAGAGAACUUUCUGAGAUUGCUGAGCAAGCCAAGAGAAGAGCUGAAGUUGCAAGGCUUCGUGAGCUUCACACACUAAAGGGACAUGUUGAGUCUGUGGUGAAGCUGAAAGGUUUGGACAUUGACACAAUCCAGCAGCAUUACACAGUGUAAUAAACAACAGAAGAACGUUGUAGAUAGCAAAAGGGCCAAAAUUGAAUGCUUUAAAGGAACGGAGAGACAAGGAUAAGGCCAAACUAUUUUUAUGCUUACUAGGUAGGGAGAGGAAGCCUGUGAUAUAUCCAUCUCUCUCAGUCUGUUUAUCUUUUUUUCAUGUAUUUUCAGAUGUUUUAGUCUAAAUUUUUUGCUUUGAUGCUUGGGGAAAAGUGGUGUUACCUUCAAUCCUUGUUUUUCAUAUGCUUUUGAGUCCUUCCUCAACCAGGGUUGUAAUGUUUGAUUUGUCGCUUUAAAGUGGCAGUGACUAGACAAUGAGCUUAUUGGGAAUUUUGUGGUGGGAGAAUAAGAGUUUAUGAAGCUUUAACGGCAUCAUGCAAAAUUCAAAAUUUGAAA